AUGAAGAGCAAGCGGGUGUAUGAAUUUAAAGUUCUUGCCUCAGAUCUAAAAGCGAAGUCUGGAAGAGCUAUCGAAGCUUUGCGGGGCCAUUCCAAGGUUGACUUAGAUGAUGCUCCAAAUCAGAAGGUGUAUCUUAUCAUAGAAACCAGAUUGCCAACAUCAAAAUCAAAAGAGGUCAUCCCCAGAAUAAUUCCUUUAGCAAGUAGAGUCAGAAAAGUUUCAGACUCGAAAAUUCUAUUGGUUACCAAAGACCCUAUUAGCGUGUACAAGAUUCCGCUUACGAAGAAAGGCUCUGCAACAGAAGAUACCUUUGACAAAAUCAUCCCCUUUAGAAGAUUUAGACAGUUAAUAAUGAACAAAAAAGAGGCCAACAAACUUUAUCAUAAUAAUGACUUCAUAUUCAUAGACCAUCGGUUGAAUAGAUUAAUACAUCCUCUCCUCCAUAACACUGUGUUCGGAAAAACGAGUAAGAAAUAUCCCUUAAUGCUACAAAUGGCAAGACCAUCAGCUGAAGCAAAGUUAGUACAAUCGAAGAAAUCUCAAAAGAUGAAGGAUGAAAGGGUGGAUCCGGAAUAUGUGCAAAAGCAAGUUCAAAUCACUUGUGGCGGUACAACGUUUGUUCCAAGUACUGGUAACUGUCUUUCUGUUGUUAUUGGAGAUAUUAGCAUGACCACAUCUGCUUUAAUUCGGAAUAUUGAUUCGGUUUUGAAUUAUCUUUUAAACUCAAAUUUUAAACCAGUGGGGGGAGUUAUAGAUUUGGGAAUGGAUGGUGUUGUGGGUCUAAAUGUUAAAUUAGCAGAUAGCACCGCAAUUCCCAUUUUUGCUGAAAAUAAGGACAAAUACUGA